AAACCCAAAAAUAAUUUAAAGUAAUAAUUAUAAAAUAAUUAUAAUAUAAAUAUAAUAAAUCAUAAUGAAUAUUUGCUCUUUAUUACAAACUACCAAUCAACAAAAACAUCAAGACUGCGAAGAUUCACAAAAUAUAAAUAAUAUAAAUAACAAUAUAAAUAAUCAUAUAAAUAAUUUAGGCGAUCAAUUGGUUCAAAAUUCUCCUUAUUCACCAAGUUCAUCAAUUUCAAGUCCAUCUCGUUCACCACGUUCAGUUUCAUCAUCACCAAUUCAAUCAUCACCACUUUUAAAUUCAUCAUCAUCAUUUAGACCAAUUCAAAAUCAUAAUAAUAACAACAAUAUGAAUUCUUCAGAUUACAAUAAUUCAAACUAUCAUUCCGUACCAUCACCACAAAAUUCACAUGGCUAUAAUAAAAAAUCCAAAGUCGAAGUGGACUAUUCUGCUUCAUCACCAAAUAAUUAUAAUAGCGGUAAUGUUUCACCAUCAGGCUCACCAAAACACAAUAGAAAUAUGAAUAAUAAUAAUAAUAAUAAUAAUAAUAAUAAUAAUAGAAAUAUUAUGCAAUAUCAUCAACAUAAUAAUUCACCAAACUCUUAUAAUAGCCCAUCAUCAACAUAUACUACACCAAAAAUAAAUUCAUCAAAUGUUCCUCCAUUCCAACUUAAUGAUUCUUCACCUUCAGUUUUAUCACCACAUCAAAAUUCACAAAACAGAGUUUCCCCAAAUAAACAUUUUAAUUUAAAUAACAGUAAUAAUAAUAUAAAUAACGGCAAUGGUUAUAAUAAUAAUAAUUAUAAUGGAAAUUCCCCAAUCGGUAGUCCAAAUUUAUCACCAAAUCAUUAUAGUUCUUCACCAACUCAUUAUUCACAACAACAUAAUAGCCAUCGUUCACAUGCUAGCAAUAAAAAUAAUAAUAAUAAUGAUGAUUAUAACCAACAACAAAAGGUUUCAAGAUCAAAUUCACCAAAUAAUGAAAAAGAAAAAAAGAGAAGAACUAGAUUAAAGAAAGAACAAGCUGAAAUUUUAAAAUCAUUCUUUGAAAAUGAUGAUUACCCAACCAAAGAAGAUAAAGAAAAACUAGCUCAACGUCUUGGUAUGUCAUAUUGUGCUGUUACUACAUGGUUCUCAAAUAAAAGACAAGAAAAGAAAAGAAAGAGUGAUGGUAAAAGAUCCCAAGAUGAUGAUGAAGAGCAAUCAAAUGAAAAAUCCCCAGUUAGAUAUCAAGAUACUGUUAAUAUAAUUAAAAAUGGCUCAUCUGGUUUAACUCCUAUCCUUGAAAGUUUAAAUGUAAAACAACAAAAUAAUGCAAAUUUCUUCAGAAACAAUAUGGAGUAUGAAAAUAGACAAAAUCCGCCACCACUUUCAUUAUCCAGAGACAAAGGAAAUUAUAAUAACAAUGGCUAUCAUGGAAAUGGGAAUAAUCAUUAUAAUAAUAAAAAUCAAAACAAUAACAAUAAUUAUUCAGACUCGAGCUCAUCAGACUCCGACCCAGAACUCUCAAAAUAUAAUAAUAGUAGAAGAAGAGAGUAUUUUGAUGAUGAUGAAGAAGAUUGUUUUAAUAAUAAUAAUAAUAAUAAUAAUAAUUCCAAGUUUUCAGAUUCAUCAGAUGACCAAUACUUUUCAGAUGAUAAUCAUUACCAAAAUUACCAAAAUGAUAAAAGAAAUGGUUUAAACUCAAAUCCAAAAAAACAACAUUUAUUUGAAUCAAAUCAAAGAAGAAAUAGUUUACCAAAUAAUCAAUUUUAUAAUAAUAAUAAUAAUAAUAACAAUAAUAAUAAUAAUGGCAAUAAUCAUAACUAUUCCAAUCAACGUCGUCAUAGUGUUGACUAUGAUGAUCAAUCAUAUUCUAGAAAUUAAUUUUUAAAAACAAACACAAUAUAUAAUAAUAAUAGAUUCACAUAUAUAAAUUGAGAAAGGGCUCUCAAAUUAAAAAGAAAAUAUAUUUUUUUCAUAUAACAAAAAAAAUAAUUAAUAAUUAUAUUAUGUAUAUAAUAUUAGUUAAUGUAUAAAUUUAAAUAAAAACUUGUAAAAUUUUAAAUU